CUUAUUCCUUAUACAUAGAAACUAGAAAUGAUGCUCUCUGUCUUAUUCCUUAUACAUAGAAACUGGAAAUGAUGCUGUCUACUCUUGCCACUGCAAUACUAUAUGUAUAAAUUAUGUCCUUGCUCUAUCAGUCCUCAUCCCUCUCUAGAACUACCACACUUGACAUCAUGGUUAAGGAAAUCAAAACAGAAACCAAAGUUGGUGUUGGGAUUGAAGCCUUGUGGAAGGCCUUGUCAAAAGAUUUGAGAUUUCUGGCUCCAAAAAUCGCACCCAAUCUGAUCAAGAAUGUGGAACUCAUAGAAGGAGAUGGUACCAGCAUUGGUACAGUCUUGCUCUUCAGCUUUGACAGUGAUGUAUUGAAGAUGAUUUACCAGAAGGAGAAGAUUGUGGAGCUUGAUGAAUCUGUCCAUAGAUUUGGGCUGCAAGUAGUAGAAGGAGGCCACUUGAAUCAUGGGUUUUCUUCCUACAAGAUAAGUUACCAACUUGCUGCAAUUCAAGAGCAGGAGACCCUGGUGAGUAUCACAGUCACGUAUGAGUCUGCACUUGGAGAUACUAGCAUGCCAUCAAGGUCAACCCAAGCCACUGUAGCUUUCAUCAGGAGCCUAGAAUCCUUUUUGUUAAAUUCUGCUGCCUAAAAUAAAUUUCUUGUUUGUUUAAACUAUGGAGAGGCCUUGAAUUUUCUUUUCAUCCAUAAGUAUAUUGGUUUAUUUUGAUUGCUAAAAUGAUUAUUCUUUUGUUGAUCUGUCUCCUUUUACGUUCCUUUAGUUUCGAUCUUUUCAAUGAAGUUUUUGUGC